AUGACAACGAAGAGCAGACUCGGCGAGUGGAUUUCCCACAACGUCUUCGCCUCCAGACCACCCAAGUCUGCCUUCUGCUUCAGUGGCAAUGAAUCGUUCAACCCGGACCGCUUCGAGUUUGUUCUGGAGCACAAGCAGAAGCUCGAGGACGCGAAUGCUGAGUUCGAAGCCUCUCACGUGCCCCAGCCUCUAAGCAGGCGGCUCUACCACUUCUUCAACGCGCUGCAUGGCUGGGAGAGGCACACCUGUGCUUCUCGGAUGCAUGGCCCUGCAUGUGUAAUAUAG